GGUGUUUUGAACAGUCCAGGUUGAAUGCAACAAACCUUAUCUCCAAAAGCUUUCAUAUCCCUUCUGCAAAGGAAGCACAAUGAUUCAAUCACAUUACACAUUAUUACUAAUGCUGUGGGAUUCUUUUCAGUACCAACACUUUCAUUUCUGUGUUUACAUGGCACACCAGCACACAAAUACUGUGAGGUUUGUCCAUGGUUGUGAACUUUCAGCUUGUUAUCCCUAAGUGAAAGAGGGAGGAACUUUCUUACUGGCUUCACAGAGUGAGAGCAUGCAUGGGCAGUGACAGUGCAGUAGCUGGCAUGGUGUAUUUCACAUCCUAGUUCACCUUGCAGUAGCUCAUUGGUUUUGUGACUUGUCUGCAACAUUGGCUGGCUGCCUAAAUGCAAGUAUGUAGAGCCAUUUUACAUGUCUUAGGGAAGCCCUCUCAAUCUCUGGCUGAUGCUUCAGACUGGUACCGUUCCUUCUGGCCCCAUCUCAUAUCUGUCAGCCCUGUUUAAGUGUCCUGGUACCUAAAAUGGCACUAUAUGUUUAGGCACACAAAUUGUUCCUUGUCUGUCUUACAAGAAGAAGCCAUGGUGGUCCUCAGGAUUAGUUUGCAAUUUUCUCUAUCUCUCUUUAAUGAUUGGUAUAAUUAAGAGAAGAGGCUUUGAAGAACAAAGCUUAGAUAAAAGUUACUACUGUGCAAUAACUCCUGUUAUGUAUUUUUUCUGGAUGGGCAGCUGCUGGAAAUUUUUAGGUGCACUUUUAAAUUAGGAAAAUUUGGUUCAUAGUGCAAAGACAUUUCGGUUCUCUUACGAAGAGCUGCUUCUGCAAUGAGGCCUCUGUGUACGCUAAGAUAGGUUAGCUGUGAAUCUAUAAGAGCACCAACUAUGCCACAGUAAUACUUGAGGACAGCUUGUGUGCCCAUCAGGCUUUAUACCUUAGUCUUCAAAAGUGGCAUAGUCUUAUGGUUACCAAAGGCACUUUUAAGAGCUAGUCCUAAGGGUCUAAUGUUUUUCAAUUUUAUACCAAGUGUCAGGAUUGUAAAUCAGCUUCUUUUCUGCAUGUGCCAGUUUUCAGUCAGUAUGUGAGCACUAGGAAGAAAAGGAGUGAUCUUUCCUCAUAGUGAGUGUUAUACCUUAAGCUGUCAUUAAAUCCUUCUACCCCAAACUUUGUAGGAAAAUAGUCUCCACCACUGAAUGCUAGGUGACCUCCAACACUGAAUACAUUUACUAUCCUCCCAUUUGCUUUUCUUAUCAAGAGAAGCAUAUGUAUUGUAACAUUUAUGAGUCCAAUUAAAUUAACUUCAAUUGGUCAAUAUCCAACCAGUCUGUAGGAACUGAUGGCCCUAUAAUCCCGGCAUUAUUGACAAGUCCCCAGAGACCUGCAGGGAAGAAAAAGUAGGAAGUCAGGAAGCAAAUUUUCACCUAAUGUGUCAAAUAAAUUGAACCGGGUGAGACUUCACAGAAAAUCAGUGAGGGAGCAGGUGGACUAAGAAGAUUUGGAGGAAUUGCUUGAGAAUAUCCUUCAAUAUUCAGCUUUAUUCUCAGUGUCCAAGUUUUAUCACCACACUUUCCAUCACCUUUUGCAUAGUCUUCCCCUUGCCACAGCAUUUUGGGCAGGGGAUAGUGUUUGCUUUUAGUGGGAGAAAGGGCAGUAGAGGAAGGCCAGGUAUGGCAAAGAGCAACUGCACUGAGUGGUGGGAAAUGUGUGAGGAAUAGACCUGGUCCUUGGUACAGGUAGAGUGUUCUGAGACACAGGCAAGUGUGCCCUGGUUCUGAGAGUCAUGAGGUGCCAGGACAAUAACAAAACAGCUCUUGUUAACUACAACAACAAAAUAAUCCUUUUCAAAACUUAGAAAACAAGAUGAGAACUGUGAUAGAGAAAGCUUUUGCUAUUCAUCUUCCCUCUACUGGCAUUGUAUAUUGUAGCAAAGAACAUAUGGCUCACAUCGACUGACAUAACCCAACUGGAAAUGGGAAGCAUUUUUUAAAAAUGAACAGCCAGCUCCAAAAAAUGAGGUGGAGGCAAGGAAAAAAUACUAGAUUGAUUCAAAAAACAUUUCUGAUCCCUCAGAAGUGGGAGGGGAAAAUACAAAAAUUUAAAACCAGGUCUUCUCUUGUGUCAGCUUUUAGAGUCAUGUGAAUGAAUUCUUUUGCUUGUCAGACUUUACUUGUAGUUUUGCCUGGGGAAAAAAAAAAUCACUUUUGGCCUGAAACCAAGCAGUUUCAAAUAAAAGCAAUUUGGCAAGUAAUAAGAAAUUUUAUGAAGAGACAAAAGGUCAAAUCGAGAUUGAAAUUUAGUAUUAAGUAUAAUUGGUACUAUGGCACAUUGUAAUAGACCAGAUUUAAGACUCAAAGGUGGCUGAAUCCAGUCCAUAGGAUCUUGGGCCUUUGUCAACUCUACUGCAAUACCGCUCCUACUGAAAUCAGUUAGCAUCAGUAACGGCAGCAGCAUCUUGUCUUGCACAGCUUGUCAGAGAUAUGGGAUUUUUCUAUUUUUCAGAAGAUCUGCAAGCAGUAUUCCAAAAUAGUUAUAUUCAGAUUUAUUCGAUAGACUUCAUAUGUAUUUUUUGCUUUUGAUAGAAUGAGUGAUUACUUACAAGUAAUUUAUUACAUGUACUCAAUUUUUUUUCAAAUAAGUCUUUAAGCUUGUAAAGCGGAAUUUGUUUGUUUCCUAACUGGGUAACACCGCAUAGGAGGUGCUGAGCACUCGUGCCAUAACCCAGAUAUGUAUGCAAGUGCGAACAGGCCCAACAAAGGUUCCAGGAUCUGGAUAACUGUUCUGACUAUGAUGAAUCCAUAAACCUGACAUCCCCAAAUUUUUAUCUACCAUUAACUAGGUGUAUGAAACAUCCAUUUAGUGAGAUCUUCUUCCAUGUUCUUGGAAGAUGACAAGAUGUCCAUACACACUUGUCAAAUGUCAGUUAAAGUAAGCUGUGAACAUAGCAUGGUAGCAUGGUUGGUUGGGGUUUUUUUCUUAUUUUUUUCUUCAGUUGGCUAAAUGCAACUAUUCAGAGAAGCAGGUACAGUGCAGAGCAGUGACCUCUUUGUGCUGAAACAAAACAAAAAUCCUUUCCUUGAGCACAAAUGAGAACUUGAGAUGUACUGUAAUAAGGUUACAAAGAAUAAUGCAUAUUAGGUUAUUGCUGCCAGGUCAGUAAGCUCUCAUCACACAUAUCUGGGAGAAACACUAACUAGAAAAGAGUAGCAAAAAUGAAAUAUUUUGCAUGGAAAGCAACAGAAAUGUCUGAACUUAUUGUCAGUUCAUAGAAAAUUAAGCAGCAAGAUUAGGGCCAGCUGAUAACAAAAGGUCAAGCAAGAUGAGUAGGACCCAGAACUUUUCUCUUUACUGUGGAUACUUAAUCAAUGAUAGCCAAGAAGCAGGAUGUACUUUAUUUUCCUAAACCCCUUGUUUGUCAGUGCUGGACUCUCAAGAAAGGGGAUAGCAAGUACUGCUGCUCUGCCUCUCAAUAAUUAAGUUCCUGCAUCCAGGCUGUGGGAGUGCACAUGUGUGUGUGAGGUCCCUGGGCAGCGGGAGGAGGCUGCAGGUUGGAGCACACACCGGCCGGAGUGUGACAGCAUCGACACUGCAAAAUAACUUUGAGAAGAGCCUGCUUAUCUGAGGCUAUACUCCAAUUCACUUAAUAGCGAACUUACAAGCAGCUACAGACGAUGGAUGAAAUUCCACUCAGAGGAAACAAUUCAGUUACACUUCUUUGUGAGCGCUCAUGGCCCAAAACACAGGAGGUGCCUAAUGCAGUUGACUAACAUAAUAAUUAUAAAUAGCCAUAAAGGAGUACAGAUCUUUUUAGAGGUUACUUACUUAAUUUAAAAGGAAAUUGCAAACAUGUUUUUAAACAUCAUAAUAGCACAAAAGGAAAAAAAACACAGGGCUCGUCAAGAAAAGAAAUAUAUUUUUCUCUAGUUUCCAGGAGGAAGAAGAAUAAGAGGCGCUCAGAAGCCCCAGAGGCAUUUGGGUGGUGGCAUUCAAAAGUGGCUGGGAAAGCAGAGGCGCAGGGGAUAGGCCACCUCUAACAGGAGCAGGUGAGGUGAUCGAGGGAACCAGAGGGCCAGGCACUCUCAGAGAUGUCUUUUGGGAAUAAUUUUUUUAUUUUAACAUGCUGAGUCACAGUUCUAGUUUGCAUUUUAAAUUUACAGGUUCUUUUGUGGCUUGGUUUUAUUUUGUUUUUCAGAAGUGUUGUUGCCAUCUCUGCUAUUUUUAUUUGCACAAGUGCCUGGAAUGGAGAAAAAUUCCUUGCCAGCUGCCAGAUUUGGGUAGGAUCAACUGGAUAAAUGAGUGCAUGUCCUGCUUCUGGUGCUUUCCAAGAGCAGAUGGUGAGAGGCUAACUGUAGAAACGAAGUAACUAGAGAUAAGUCCCUUGCUGCCCACCUCCCAAACUCCGGCUGGGCCCACUCUGGACGGUAUUUUGCAGUUCCAGUGUAGCAUAUUUUUGUGACCAAGAAAUAAAUAUACCAUGAUUUAGUGUCUCUGAUUGUGAUUUAGACCAUGGGAGAAGAAAUAAGUUUGCUUCUUUCUUUGCACUAGCCUUUCACCUCGAGGUAUCCGUUCCCAAAAAUCACCAAGUUGGACUUCUACUUUCCAUAACAAGAGAAAGUCAUGUUCACAGAAACAUCCCUAUUGUGCCCAGAGGUACCUUCCUUAUUUCAUCGCAAAGAAUGUAGGAGCUGCUGUUUCCUAUUUCAGUAUGAAGAAAUGUGGUUUGCUUGCAAAAAAAAAAAAAAAGGAAAUGGACGUCUUAUCAACAAUCAGCUUUUUGCUGAUAAAAAUGAUAAAACCUGGCCAUCAAAAGAGGAAGUCUUGCUUUUAGGUGCAAAAACCAAGUUUUCCAUAUAGAAUACUUGCUAAAGAUCUUUGGAAAGGAUAGUAACUAUUUCAGAAGUCAUGCGGCAUUGGAAGAAAUAAUGUCCAUAUGCACCUCAUGGGGCGGCCAUAAUUCUAUUUUUAAUAGCAUAAAUCACAAUUCAGUAAGUCAUUUUUGUAUAACUGAUUUGGUGCCAAGAAGAAAAUGAAUAUACAGUGUAUAGUACUUGCCAUUCUGACCAACUGAAUUUAGCUUACCCUCUGAAUCAAUUUUCAUAUUAUUCAGCUCAUGUUGCUAUAUACUGCAGGGACAGUAGUGUACCCUGAAUUAUGGAAUGGCUAAUAAAGUAGUUCUAUAUUAAUGCUGAUAAAAUAAUGCCAUACUAAUCUCUUCCUGCACAUUUGUUGUGAGCUUUGUUUUUUUUUCUCCAGAGAACUGUCUGGUCUCCUCAUGAAUGAUUGCUUUCCAAGUGCACUGACUUUAUGUUGUGAGAUUACAUUAGUCAAAUUUAAACCCUUCAUUAGAUGUCAAUGAACUGUAGCCAUUGUGACCGCAUGGUUAUUGACCCAGGUGCAAACAGUCAAUGCCUGAUUUAAAGAUUCAGUUUUGAAAAAUGGGUUAGAAUAAUGAAAACAUGAUGGAAAAUGGUUGGGUGCUUCACUGACUAAUUGAACAGGAUCCUUGCAGUUUGUUCUAUGAUAGAUUAUUUUUCACAACCAAGGGACUUCUGAUUUAAGUAACUAAUCAUCAUGUCUGACCCUGUUAUUCUCCGUAGCAUCAAGAGGUUGGGAGAGGAUAACUCUGCUUUUGACUUGGAUGGCAAAUGUAACAGCUUCAAGAAAACAGAGAAUUUCCAUACAUAUGAGGAACCUCUUACAGAGAAGAAAAGUGAAAAGUCAUCAGACAAGAAAGAAAACAGCAUUCGUGUUGGCUUCUUUCAGCUGUUUCGAUUUUCUUCAACUAUGGAAAUUUUAAUGAUGGUUUUUGGUAGUUUCUGUGCUAUUGUUCAUGGAGCAGCCCAGCCAGCUGUGUUGCUUGUGCUUGGUGCAAUGGCAGACACGUUUAUUGAAUACGACAUUGAAAUGCAAGAGCUUGAAGACCCAGGCAAGACAUGUGUAAAUAACACCAUAGUGUGGAUUAAUGGUACUAUCCAUCAGAAUGAAAAGAAUGCCACAAUAAGAUGCGGGCUCUUGGACAUUGAACAAGAAAUGACAAAGUUUGCAGGUUACUAUGCAGGAAUUGGUUGUGCCAUACUUGUGUUAGGAUACCUUCAGAUCUGCCUUUGGGUUAUGGCUGCAGCUCGUCAGAUACAGAAAAUCAGGAAAGCUUAUUUCAGGAAAGUAAUGCGAAUGGAUAUAGGCUGGUUUGACUGUACAUCUGUAGGCGAACUGAACACCCGAAUUUCUGAUGAUGUUAACAAAAUUAAUGAGGCUAUUGCUGACCAAGUAGCAAUUUUUAUCCAGCGCUUAACCACCUUUGUAUGUGGAUUCCUACUGGGAUUUGUCAGUGGCUGGAAACUGACCUUGGUUAUCAUUGCAGUCAGCCCUCUGCUUGGGGUCGGAGCAGCUGUCUAUGGUUUGGCUGUGGCAAAACUAACAGGCCGAGAAUUAAUGGCUUAUGCGAAAGCUGGAGCUGUGGCUGAUGAAGUGCUCUCAUCCAUCAGAACAGUGGCUGCUUUUGGUGGGGAGAAGAAAGAAGUUGAAAGAUAUGAUAAGAAUCUGGUGUUUGCUCAGCACUGGGGAAUUCGAAAAGGAAUAAUAAUGGGAGCAUUCACUGGUUACAUGUGGCUUAUAAUUUUCCUGUGUUAUGCAUUAGCCUUUUGGUACGGCUCUAAACUUGUCCUUGAAGAAGAAGAGUAUUCCCCUGGCACUCUUCUGCAGGUUUUCUUUGGCAUUUUAGUAGGAGCUUUAAAUCUUGGCCAAGCAUCUCCCUGUCUGGAAGCCUUUGCCACUGGCCGUGGUGCUGCAGCAAAUGUUUUUGAGACAAUAGAUAAAAAACCUGUCAUUGAUUGCAUGUCAGAUGAUGGCUACAAGCUGGAUAAAGUACGAGGUGAAAUUGAAUUUCAUAAUGUAACAUUCCAUUAUCCCUCCAGACCAGAUGUAAAGAUUUUGGAGAACCUUAAUAUGGUUCUUAAAGCAGGGGAGACAACAGCUUUUGUUGGAGCUAGUGGAGCUGGAAAAAGUACAACAAUACAGCUCAUUCAGCGUUUCUAUGACCCCACUGAUGGCAUGAUUACCCUGGAUGGCCAUGACAUUCGUUCCCUCAAUAUCCAGUGGCUACGCUCACAGAUUGGUAUUGUUGAGCAAGAGCCAGUGCUGUUUGCCACCACGAUUGCGGAGAACAUUCGCUAUGGUCGGGAUGAGGCCACCAUGGAAGACAUAAUCAAAGCAGCCAAACAGGCCAAUGCUUACAAUUUCAUCAUGGAAUUGCCGCAGCAAUUUGACACUCACGUUGGAGAGGGUGGAAGCCAGAUGAGUGGAGGUCAAAAACAGAGGAUAGCUAUCGCUCGAGCUCUUGUGCGAAACCCGAAAAUCCUGCUACUGGAUAUGGCUACGUCAGCACUUGAUAAUGAAAGUGAAGCAACAGUCCAAGAAGCGCUUCAUAAGGCUCGCCUUGGUCGCACAGCAAUCUCGAUAGCUCACCGCCUGUCAGCCAUCAAAGCUGCCGAUGUCAUCGUUGGGUUUGAGCAUGGAAGGGCUGUGGAGAGAGGAACUCAUGAGGAACUCUUGAAGAGGAAAGGGGUUUAUUUCAUGUUGGUGACCUUGCAAAGCAAAGGAGACACAACACUUAGCAGAGAAGCAAAGGAAACAGCAGAAAAUAACGUGAUUGAGCCAAAUCUUGAGAAAGUCCAGUCAUUCAGCAGAGGAAGCUAUCGGGCCAGUUUGCGAGCUUCACUUCGGCAGCGCUCCAGAUCUCAGCUCUCUAAUGUGGUCCCUGACCCUCCAUUAUCCGUUGCAGGAGAUCAUGCAGAGUCUAUGUAUCUGAUGGCUUCUUAUGAAGAAGAUGAUGGACAGGCAAAAGAGGAAUCCGCUGUUGUGGAGGAAGAUGUCAAGCCUGUACCAUUUACCAGAAUUUUGAAGUACAAUGCCUCCGAAUGGCCAUACAUGGUGCUUGGAUCUCUGGCAGCAGCUGUGAACGGAGCAGUCAGUCCACUCUAUGCUUUGUUAUUCAGUCAGAUACUUGGGACCUUCUCCAUUCUUGAUGAAGAAGAACAAAGAAUCCAGAUCAAUGGUGUCUGCCUGCUCUUUGUCUUUAUUGGAAUUAUUUCGUUUUUCACACAGUUUCUACAGGGAUACACAUUUGCCAAGUCUGGUGAGCUGCUUACAAGACGGCUACGGAAAAUUGGUUUCCAGGCUAUGCUGGGGCAAGACGUUGGGUGGUUCGAUGACCGGAAGAACAGCCCCGGUGCUUUGACUACAAGACUUGCAACAGAUGCCUCUCAGGUCCAGGGGGCAACUGGAUCACAGAUAGGAAUGAUUGUCAAUUCCUUGACCAACAUUGGAGUGGCCAUGAUCAUUGCUUUCUACUUCAGCUGGAAACUCACUUUAGUUAUACUGUGUUUCUUGCCAUUUUUGGCCUUAUCUGGAGCUGUGCAGGCUAAAAUGCUGACAGGAUUCGCCUCUCAAGACAAGAAAGCACUGGAAACUACCGGACGGAUCUCCAGUGAAGCCCUCUCUAAUAUCAGGACUGUAGCUGGGAUAGGGAAAGAGAAAAUGUUCAUCAGCAAUUUUGAGAAGAACCUGGUUAUGCCCUAUAAAGCCGCAAUAAAAAAAGCACACAUUUACGGACUCUGCUUUGGCUUUGCCCAGAGCAUCGUCUUCAUCGCCAACGCUGUCUCGUACAGAUACGGCGGUUUUCUGGUUAGCGCUGAAGGCCUCCAUUACAGCUUCGUGUUCAGGGUCAUCUCUGCUAUUGUGACCAGUGGAACUGCUUUGGGAAGAGCUUCUUCCUAUACCCCAAACUAUGCCAAAGCCAAAACAUCUGCUGCACGCUUUUUUCAACUGGUCGACCGUCUUCCGAAAAUCAGUGUUUACAGUGAAAAAGGAGAUAAAUGGGAAGAUUUCAAGGGAAGCAUUGAAUUUAUUAACUGUAAAUUCACAUACCCUUCUCGGCCUGAUAUUCAGGUCCUGAAAGGCCUCUCUGUAGCUGUUAACCCUGGACAGACUUUGGCAUUUGUUGGAAGCAGCGGCUGUGGUAAGAGCACCAGUGUGCAGCUUCUGGAGCGUUUCUACGACCCUGACCAAGGCCGUGUGUUAAUAGAUGGACACGACACCAAGAAAAUAAAUGUACAGUUUCUUCGAUCAAAAAUUGGAAUAGUUUCCCAGGAGCCUGUGCUAUUUGACUGCAGCAUCGCUGACAACAUUAAAUAUGGCAGCAACACCAAAGAGGCAACGAUGGAAAAAGUCAUACAAGCAGCCCAGAAGGCUCAGCUGCACGAUUUUGUCAUGUCACUGCCUGAUAAAUAUGAAACUAAUGUUGGAGCUCAAGGAUCCCAGCUGUCUCGUGGGCAAAAACAACGCAUUGCUAUAGCAAGGGCCAUCAUACGAGAUCCUAAGAUUUUACUACUGGAUGAAGCUACAUCUGCCUUAGACACAGAAAGUGAGAAGACUGUGCAGGCAGCACUGGAUAAGGCCAGAGAAGGGCGUACCUGCAUCGUCAUUGCCCACCGCUUGUCCACCAUCCAGAACGCCGACAUUAUCGCUGUGAUGUCACAAGGACUCAUCAUUGAAAGGGGCACUCAUGAUGAACUGAUGGCCAUGGAAGGAGCUUAUUAUAAGCUUGUUACAACUGGAGCCCCAAUUAGCUGAAUUACUGUGAUUCUAAAUUUGAAAGAUAUAUUUUCUGUAAGCAAAUCCUCCACGGUACAUAUGUGUAUGUUGGUACCCCAUCAUGCUACAAAGUGCUCUACAAUAUUGGGAGUUCUGUGAUACCGUAAAUGUAUGUAGUUUUCUGCAUCAAGCAGGAAAAGGGAGAGAAAGCCUGAAAAGGGGGAAGGUCUUUGCUGGUGAGCUGGGGAGAUGCCAGCACCUGCAGUCAGACUGCACAGUCCUGUCCAUCCUCAGCUAGCUCUGGUGUCCUGGAAACUGCCACCUGUCUAGGUAAGCUCUAUGAAUAAAAAAGAUUCUCAAGAACAACGCUGUGUAACUGAAGGGAGCCAAUCUCUCCUAACGUUUGGUCUGCACAGGCGUACAACAGUGCAGAGCACCCACCAUUCCAUCACCCCUCCCUCCCCCGCUUCACCCCACCCAGCCAGCUGUGCCCUGGGGGAGCCGGGCUGCUGCUGAGUGCAGCUACAGCACCAACACAGCAGUGCCUGAGCUUCAACAGAACUGUAAGUACUUGCAGAGAAGGCAGCUCCACAGCAGUCAGGAAAGCAAUUGAAAAGACAAACAGAAGCUGGUGAGGAUCAUUUCCCUUGCGCUCACCACUGAUCAAAGCUAUCAAAUAGAUUUUGAAUAGGAAUAAUCGUUUUAGUUAAAUCAAUAUAACAUCCCACAGCAGAGAUGUCAAACUUAUUUUCACCGGGGGCUGCAUCAAAGGGUCAAUUGUAAUUUUAGGACUGUAAAAAUGUACAAGCAGUUACGUGGCAGAAGCUUGCACUUCUAACAGUUCUUUAUAAGAUUGACUGCAUGUUUCUCUAAAAUAUGUUACUGUCUGCAGAACAACAGGACUCAGGAUUCUUCCCUUUAGUGACUGAGAUCUUGGAGACAAAGCAGAAACACAGAAAGUCUAAAUUACAGCUUCAAAAUGGAAAUCUUGAUUUCUAAUAAUAGAGUUUCACCCACUUUCUAACAGAUAAGACCACAAUGGUGUUUCUUCUAAAACUAUGCAACAGUACCAACUGCUGAAACUUGGAUAGAGCUGUAAGGGUGAAAACUUUAUCAGAGUAGAUCCCUUCAUUCCAGGCAGCAAAAACCAAUUUCAACUUUUGUACAGCUCCAUUAAUACAAUUACUUCAACAGCCCUUACUGAAACCAGGUGACACUGAAAUGCAAUUUUUCCCAAGGAAGCCUGUGUUUUAAUCCUUAACAAAAAUGAAAAGGCAGCUGCAUUAUUUGCCUUCUGUUUUUUAAUUCUUUUUAGCCUUGUAAUGUUUCAUAACAAUAAUUAGUUUGGCUGACUCAGGAUAGAAACUAUUGACAGUGACUAUCAAUAAUAUAUUGAUAUACCUGUAUGCUAUUUAAUUUAUGUUAGUAUUUAAGGCCAUGGAAAAAUAAUGACUCUUUAUUAAAACUCCAAUUACUAUGUGUACUUUACCCAUAAUUCUUUUUACCUAAAGGACACCACUUUUGUGGCCCAAAUUAUAUCAGUAAAUUAUACUUUUUACUGGCUCUUGCACUUCAUGUCCUACCCUUCAGACAAGUGCAGGACUAUUUUGCAGCAGGUAACAAGUAUUUCUAUGUAUUUAUAUCAUGUCUGUAACAAGGGUAUGCCAUGCAGGACGGAGCUGUUGAGGCCAAUGCAGCUAAACCAGCCCGCAGGUGCAAAAGAGCUGGCACAGGGUGCUGCUGCUCUCCAUCAUAACACCAUCCUAGUUUUAGGCAGCUGGUACCUAUUGGGAGCUGUGUAGUGGGACAUAUCCCUGUGUAACAAAGGCACUCACAGUGUAGACAAAUAGCUACAUUGGUUUUACAGUCUCAGGUGCAAUGUCUGUGUGCUAUUGACAACCAGUUGAUUAUAAAGCUUCAGUACCUGUGUGAAGGGAUUAAAGUGAAGUGGAGCUACACGGUGUGUCUGGGCAUGAGCACCAAGCCUCGCUGGACUGCUCGGCGCAGAGCUGGACGGGCCUUUCCUCUGCAGCUGCCCCACAGGUAAGAGCUCCCAGCCCUGGAGCCUGGUGACAAGAGCCCCGAGCAGACCCAAAGGUGUUUGCUUACAUCUUUCAGAGCCAGCCCUGAGUUCUUAGUCUUGACAGAAGUAGCUGGGAAUAACAGAGCAGAAACUUGAACAUGGGAGAAAUCUUUGUCAUAGCUGUCUUUGUUCUUCAUUAUCUAGUCCAAUUAGCUUAGUAAUUUUGCUUAAGGAGUCACAAUUACAGAAGAGACUGGUUUCAGGCCAACUGCAGGAAAAAAAAUUCAGAGGACCAUCAAAGAAGGUAUUAGCAGAUGCAUAAAGCAGAAUCCUCCACAAACUGUUUAAAACCAGAUGAUUAACUUUCUUAAGUCAAGAUAGGCUUAGAAGGCUCUUAAAUAAGGACACAUUUCAGAUUGGCUUCCACAAUUUGUAUCAUGUUAAUUCCCAAGGGCCAUCUCAAACUAUUCUCCUCGUUUUCCCAAUUAAGGAAGAUUCUUUCCACUUCAGUUAUCCCACAACUCAUUGGAAGUCUAGAAGCAAUAUCAUGUUUACAUCUUCUAAGUCCCAUUGCUAUCAGAUCAUACACAAACAGCCUUCACAACACAUAUUACAGCCUUAUGCUGCUUGUGUACUAAGUAUUAUGAGUUGGUAUCAGCAAAAUAUUGCUUAAAGAUAGUGCACUGAAACGGAAUAUGCAACAGUAGGUGCUAAAUAAUGAAUAAAAAAGGAAAGUACCUACCUUUGGCCAUUUAGAGCAUCUUUUAUGUAGCAAGCAUAUAUAUAGCAAACAUUUAUUUAACAUAUUAGUUAUCUGUGUGCUUUGGUAAACAAAGCUGACAAUAUCAAUGUGCAAUGACUUAGUCUGCCGUCACGUUUUCAUGAUUUACACAACUACUAGCAGUGAUUCAGGCUUGUGAGUCAAGAGACUUAGACCAAUUUACCUUUGCAAUACAGGAGGAACACGAAUAACGUUAUUGAGGUGAUACGCUGAGAUAAUUUCAUUAUUGACAACUUUCUUGAUUUGCUUCUCUGUGUAGAUGUGCAGAAUCCAAAGAUUUGUUACACCAUUUUUCUGUAUUUUCAAUGUCAAACUGUAACCUGUAUCAUUCAUGAUUUACGUGACCACCUUCAAAAAGUGACAAAAACCACACAGUAAUGCAGAAAUGUAUUCUACAGAGUCUAAUUGAAAUAAACUUUUAUUUUUUUUUCUCAUCUGA